GCUGCUCCUGCGCGCCCGGCUUUGGGACUUACAAAUCCUGCUCGUGGCGGGCUCUGUCCGCGCUCCCAGCCUCCGCGCCCGCACCCCGGCGCAGGCGCCGCGAUGCCGCUGACGGCGAGCCUGGCGCUGGCCAGCAAGAACUACGACUACGACUACGACUCGGUGCAGCCCUACUUCUACUUCGAGGAGGAGGAGGAGAACUUCUACCUGGCGGCGCAGCAGCGGGGCAGCGAGCUGCAGCCGCCCGCGCCGUCCGAGGACAUCUGGAAGAAGUUCGAGCUGCUGCCCACGCCGCCGCUGUCGCCCAGCCGCCGCGCCGCCGCCUUCCCCUCCACCGCCGACCGGCUCGAGAUGGUCACCGAGCUGCUGGGCGGCGACGCCGUGAACCAGAGCUUCAUCUGCGGGCCCGACGACGAGGCCUUCGCCAAGUCCAUCAUCAUCCAGGACUGCAUGUGGAGCGGCUUCUCGGCCGCCGCCAAGCUGGAGAAGGUGGUGUCCGAGAAGCUGGCGUCGUACCGGGCGGCGCGCAGGGACGGCGCCCCCCACGCCGCCGCCGCCCUGCCGCGCCCGGCCCCCGCGCUGCCCGACGACACCCCGCCCAGCACCAGCAGCGACUCGGAAGAAGAACAAGAGGAAGAUGAGGAGGAAAUUGAUGUGGUCACGCUAGUAGAGGUGAAUGGAGCUGAAUCCGGCACAGAGUCUAGUACAGACUCUAGCGGAGAGUCUAGCACAGAUUCCACAGACGGACACAGCAAGCCACACCACAGCCCGCUAGUUCUCAAGCGGUGUCAUGUCCCUAUCCAUCAGCACAAUUACGCUGCUCCUCCUUCCACCAAGGUUGAAUAUCCGUCAGCAAAGAGGUUAAAAUUGGACAAUGGCAGGAUUCUCAAGCAGAUCAGUAACAACAGAAAGUGCUCGAGUCCCCGCACAUCAGACUCGGAAGAAAACGACAAGAGGCGAACACACAACGUCCUGGAGCGCCAAAGGAGAAACGAGCUGAAGUUGAGCUUCUUUGCUUUGCGUGACGAGAUACCCGAGGUAGCCAACAAUGAAAAGGCACCCAAAGUCGUCAUCCUUAAAAAAGCAACGGAAUACGUUAUUUCUAUUCAAGCAGAUGAGCACAGACUGAUAGCAGAGAAAGAGCAGCUGAGGAGGCGGCGAGAUCAAUUGAAACAUAAACUUGAGCAGCUAAGGAACUCUUGUGCAUAGAAACUCUGGGGUAUAGACUUGACUAACCCAAACCAGGCUGAAAUACGAUAAAAAAUAUUAAUGUUCUAAUCUUACUCAUGAACUACACCGGUUCCGAAAGGAGCUCUUGCAAUUGCAUGCUGUGCGGAAUGACUUGCAACUACACAACCUUGGCUUCAUCUCUCAAGAGCUGAGCCAUAACCUCAACUGCCUCAUAACCAAUACUUUGGGCGUAAGACAAAAUAUACAUUCUUCGUGAUGUGGGGAAACUUUUCAACUUUUUUUCUUUUAAAAAUUUUUGUAUUUAAGACAUUUUCUUCUUGAGAGAAUUCCAAAAAGUUGUCCCCCAAUUUGCUGUACAUAUUUACACUUAUUAACAUGUAAAUACUUGUAAUAAAAAUCUUUAUAGAAAAGUGCGACGUUUAAUACUCAGCAGUUGUGGCAACUGGAUUUAUACUUGUCUUGAACUUCUGUGCCAUAACAUUUCACAGUUUUGUGGGGGGUUUUUUAUUUAAAUACUUUUUUCUUUUAAAAAAAAAUGAUUUUUAUUUUGUUUUUAGAUAAAAAAAUAAAUAAAUAUUUGCCCAAAAUAUAAUUAGCUAAUCUAUGUGUAAAGACUUUGCUUUAUCUCACAUGUUGUCACUUCUAUAGUGUCCCCAAGUUCUCUGUCAUAGUUGCACAAAAAAGUAUAAUGGAUUAGGGAAA